GUUAGGGAAGGUGGGCAGCCCGUGUGCCGUGCAUCAGCUGGCUGCCAGAGGCCGCAUUAGGCUCCGGUUCCUUGUCCCUCCUCCGUGCUGUCACGGUGGGUGGGGGCAGGGAGUGACGUGCAGGUUGAGGAAGCCCAGCUAUUCCGAUGUGGCCUGCGGAAUCCCCGGCAGGGUCACGGGAGGGAUCUCGGGGUCCCCGAUGAUGCUCUGCGCCCCCCACAUGGCUGAGAGUCGCCCCUCUGUCACCUAGCGAGCUGGCUAUGCUCACCGAGCCUGUCCGCGGAAAGAAUGUCGGAGAGGGCCGAGGAUGACGUCAGAGGGGAGCAGCGCCGAGCGGCGGCCAGGCAGCGGCGGCACGGAGACAGAUCGGCGGCUGCAAUGGCGGCCGGAGGGGAGCGCGGGUCCCUGCCCAGUCCCGGGGCCAUGCUGGGGCAGCCCUGGGGCAACUGGCUCGAUGCUGCCAGGCUCAACGGGGCCGACGACGAACUGGAUGAAACUUCCAAGGAGUCCGAGAACAAGCGAGAAGCCAUGAGACUGAGCAGAGAAGAUAUGCCGAUAUUCGGCCUCUGCCCGGCCCACGAUGAGUUCUACCUGGUCAUGUGCAGUCAUUGUAAUCUGGUCAUAAAACCGCAGGCAUUUCAAUCACAUUACGAAAGAAGACAUAGUUCCUCCGGCAGGCCGCCUCCGACGCCCCCAUCCACGUCUACGUGUUCCAUAUAUUCCACCGUGGCAAAAAAUAAAACGGGCGGCGGCGGUAUUGGCGGCAGCGGCGGCAGCAGCACGCGCACGUCCAGCGGAAGCAGUGCCUCAUCCAACUCCAAGUUAAUGAAAUCUCCCAAAGAAAAGAUGCUGCAGAUCGGUGGAAACAACAGGUCGAUACAUCCCGCCCAGCAAAGCAAAGCUGCCCAGGAUAGAAUAAUGACGCCGCCGGUUAAAGUGGAAAAGAUACAUUCGAAUCCAAAGAUCGAUGGGAUGUCGAAGGCUGCUGCUGGUCCGAACUGUUCUUCUACUGUGACUUCCUCAAUAAAGACUGGCCUUAACUGUCCAUCGAUACCAAAGCCACCCCUGCCUUCCCCUGGACAAAUACCAAAUGGUAAAGGGAUUCUCUCGACUCCUCCGUUUUUGGAAAAGAAACCGGAUGAUACCCACAGCCGGAAAUUUUUACACAAGAGAUUGUCGGAUCGAGAGUUUGACCCCGAUAUACACUGUGGUGUCGUCGACGGAGAAACCAAGAAGCCCUGUACGAGGUCCUUAACGUGCAAGACACAUUCCUUAGGCUACCGGAGAGCAGUACAAGGGCGCAAGAAACGUUUCGAUGUGUUGUUAGCGGAGCACAAAAACAAAAGCAGGGAAAAGGAACAGCUACGUCACGCAGAACAUCAGCAGCCGACGGCUGCGCUCAGGGAACCAAAUCCCGCACCCUCGAAAUCUUCCCAGGAACUGCACCAAACCUCCCAUGCACUUAGUACUCCGGAAGCGAAUAAGGCCAAGCUCCACAACCCCAGUCUUCCAAGGGCUCCAAGCUAUCCGGCGCAGCACAGCGGAAACGCUCCGAGCGACUCUCCCUCCGUGCACGAGUCUCCCCACCCGGUGGUCUCCGCCGCUGAGCCCACCUCUAGGUUAUCCAGCGACGAAGGGGAGGCGGACGACAAAGAGGACCUCGCCGAGAAACUGGACUGUCAUUACUCAGACCACCAUCCGCGGCCGGCAGCCUUCUGCUCCUUCGGCAGCCGACAGAUUGGAAGGGGGUAUUACGUGUUCGACAGACGGUGGGACCGCAUGCGAUGUGCGCUCAACUUCAUGGUGGACAAACAUCUUAACUCUCAGAUGUGGAGGAAAAUUCCUCCUGCGUCUAGUAGUUCAGCAACGCAUACUCCACACCGGACCCCCGCGAACCCACCGGCUACUGCCCAGAACGCCAGCGGCGCGGGUUUCCUCUCUCCCGGAUCGGCGCCCUCCUGUCCUCCGUCAGCGACCUCUCCCUGCACGCCUCUUCCUCACGGAACCACGCUAAACUCUCACCCGUCGGCUCUGGGCGCGGCGGACCCGGUCAACAGUAUGCAAUCCAGACAAGUGUCUUCUUCACCAUCCACACCGUCAGUGCUUUCCUCGUCCCCCAUCUCCAGCAAACCUCAGAAAUUAAAAUCCAGCAAAUCUCUGAAACCCAAGGAACCGCCAGCCGGCGGCGCAAACUGCGGCAAUGCCGGAAGCAGCUCAGGAAAGAAAAGGAAAAACACCCCGCCGCCCCAGCAGCUCGCCCACCCUCCUUCCCAUUCCGCGGAGACUUUUAGGAAAAACUGUGUCGCCAACUCCGGGAGUUACCCCUCUCCCGCCACGACGUUAUCCCACUGCAGCUCGCACGCCAUCGGCCUCAACGCCGCCAACAGCAGAACCAACUCCGUGAGUCUUAAAAACGACCAAUCAGGGAGGGGCCCUCCGGCCGGGAACCCCGCGGAGUCCAUCAAGAGAAUGAGCGUGGUGAUGAACAGCAGCGACUCCACGCUUUCGCUCGGGCCGUUCGUUCACCAAGCGAGCGAGCAGACUGUGGCGCCGCACAAUAGCUUCCCCCACUCGCACUCGUCCCUGGACAAGAUCGUGGGCAAGAAACGCAAGUGUCCGGUGGCCUCGGGCGGCAUUAACAGCAAACCCAGCAAGAUCGCCAAACUGCCGCCGGUGAACAACGUCCACGCGAAACACAACAGCGUCAUUCCGGGAACGCAGGCCCUGGCGAAUAACGCGCUUCGCCAUCAGCCAAAGACACGUCCCUGACAUCCGGUACUAGGACUGGUGAGAAAACCCAUCUGGACAGCUUUUCACCACAAUCAAAAACAAAAAAAAAACACAAAAAAACAA